CAUUCACGUAGAAGCGAGACAGCCCGCCGCCUACCCCUCGACCGCGCUCUAGCCUGGUCCCAGGCCGCUCGCACAGCCAAGAUGCCUUGCUUCUUGGGCUUGGCUGUUUCCAUACACACGCCGAAUGGCCCACUUCCCGAGUACUCGAUACAAAAGCAGACCAGGGCCCAACGCAUCACCUCGUACAUCCCCGUCCCGCCCGCCAAAGUUCCCACCGGCGCCACCAAACCGGAGCAAUCCACCUUCGCUAUCUCGAUAACGCUCCUGACGCCCGGCCUCCAUGUCCCGUACUCCACCCCAAAAGCGACGCCCGACGACCCGCACCCGCGGCCCCAGCUCGUCGGAGGAGCGCCCGGCCUCGGUGGCAACAAGCUGAUCGCGCCAUACAAGCCCCUCACGUCGUCGCCGAACGAGACCAUCGCAGCAUACAUAUACUUUGACGGCAGGGCAAAGGAGGAGGUCGCGACGCUGCUGCGCCGUGGGGAGGAGACGUGGGUGAACUCGCGGUGGGUCAGUGUCCCCGAGUCAGAAGGCGGUGGUCUGGCGGAGCGCGAGUUUUUGUUCCGCGAAGUCGGCCUUGAGCGCUGGCUGAACGGACUGGACCUGGAAGGCAAAGACGUGGCCGCUACCAUCGAGCGACGGAAGCAGCGCCUCGAGAAGAAGCGAAGGAAGCGACGGGAGGAGAAGGCCAACGAGGAGGAGUCCCGCCGCGAGAGCAAUGGCGUGCUGCGGUAUGGCGAGAACCAAGACGCGCCCGUCGAAUCGCUCUCGGGCAACGACGACUUCUUCACCUCAGAUUCCGACUCGGACGACGAACCGCCGCAGCCCGAAGCCGCCGGUCAGAUCAAGGUCGCCCUCUUCCGCGUCCUCGCUAGUGGCGAGAUCAAGCGCGGCGAGUACUCGCCCCAGUUUGACGCGCACGACGACGACGAGAACACCCAGAACGGCGAAGGUGAGGAUGUAGACCACACCACGAGCUUUGCGAAGCCCAAGACGCUAGACCCAAAGUCCAUCAGCACCCAGACAGUGACGGGCAUUGAUCCUCCCGAUAAGCCAUAUGCCGUCUUUACCUUCUUGUACCGCGGAGAGCGCCAACUUCGUAAAAUGGGCAUUCUCGCGACGGAGAAGAAGGCGGCCGCAGAGCCAACCCCACGGAGGAAGUCUGGCGGUCUAGAUCUGAGCGCUUUGAAGCCACUCAACGCUACGACAGGCACAAAGAACUUUGCUGGCUACCGCGAGUCCGCACAAAAAGAUGGAAAGGGGAAGCGAAGCGAAGAUGCCAUGGACAGCGAUGCUGAAGAGGACGAUGACCCUGUCAAGAUCAAGGUGGAAGACGAUGAAGACAAGGAUCCGAGCGGGAAAGGACUGCUAUCUCCUGAGGAUGCUCGGCGCGAGGGCGAACUCGAGGAGGGUGUGCGGAAAAUCAAGCUCAAACGCCAGCAUUCCGCCGAGCCGCUCAAUCGGACGGGAGAGUCUGCGAAUCGCGGUGCUUCAGGGUCGCCAAUCUCAGGCACCCCCGUAUCCGCCGGCGAACUCGACUCCACAUCGGCCGUCAAAUCCUCAGUCCCUGACCUCGUCUCCGAAGCCAGCGUCGGCUCGCCCUUCAAGAAGCAACGCGCAUCAUUACCCGGCUUCGACGAGGGCGUCCGCAAGAGCCUCGGCGCCACGCUCGCAGAAGCCCAGAAGGAGCGCGGCAACUCCGAGGGUAACCUUCCCACGCCCAGCAUCGUAGAAACCAAGAUGGACGAAGACGACGAGUUGUGACUAUGGCGGCAGCAGAGCGCUUUGGGCUGAUCUCCGGUGUCGCCACUCCAUUCGAGCUACAGCUAAAGAUACCCACGGUGACAUCCCCGCCACAAAGAAAGAGUUAUACGAUUCGAUUCACUGUCCAAAUCGAGCGCGCGAUUA